AGGCUAUGAAUUAAAAUUAUAUAAAAUAUAAUUAUCAAAAUUAUAGAACUCUUUUAGAAGGACAAAAGUCUUUGAACGCACUUUUACCAUUCUACUACAGUUUGACAUGCUGUGGUGAAUUUAUCUUUCACAAACCACAACAACCCUUUUUGACAGUUAAACUUGCAAAAUUGUAUAAAAAUAAAUAAAGUAUGUCGCAACAAAUUAAAAGAGAAGUAUUAAAAGCUUUUAAAAAUCUCCAUCGAACACGCGAAUCUGUUUUCAAAGGAGAUCAUAAGGCUCUUGUGGCAGCACGAGCUGAAAUAAAUCUUAACUUUCGCAAAAAUCUCUCCGUAACCGAUGAAGUAGAAAUCAAAAAGUUAGUCAAAUUAGCCGAAGAUGUCAAUAAAGAACUCCGCACAAAUGUUGUCCAAGCUGUUGAAAAAGAAUCUGGGAUUUUUGAGGUAAAUAUUAGAGAAGAAGUACCUCGAUUGGAAAAUGUGCCCUUCAAUCCUGAUGCCGUUAUUGAAAAGCCUAGGCGUGGUGCUUCAAAAUGUGGUGGGGCAGAACCACAAGCUGGCAAAAAUUAAUAAAAAAAAAAUAAAUCUUAAAAAGUAGUUCUACAGUCAAAAAUGUA